UUUGAAAAUACUUCCUGGUACAAACUACCAAAACUUUAGCGGGUUUGAAGUACUCUCAUUGGCAGUUAUGUUCUGACAUGACAAUAUGGCAUCUGCGUACCAGGAACAGUGUUGUAGUAUAUGUGAACUUCAGCAUAUAACAAAUAGAGCAGACGAAUGGUGCCCUGAGUGUGACGAGUAUCUAUGUUCAAGUUGUAAAACUCAUCAUAAACUAGCAAAAGCCAGCAGGAGACACAAAGCCGUUGAAAUAUUAGAUUUGAAAGAAUUGCCUGCGCUUGUUUCUGUGAUAAAGCUCGAAUGCGAAACACACCAUGAAAACUGCGAGUACUUUUGUCCUAAACAUGAGAUACCUAUUUGUGUCAUAUGUGCCAGAGAACAUACAAGUUGUGGAACUUUCACUAUAUUGCGCAAAUUAGAAGGCAUGAAAACAUCACCAAGUAUGAUAAAGCUUGAGCAAAAUGUCAAAGAUAUACAGCAAAAUUUAGAGAUAUUUUUACAAAAUCGCCGGUCAAACCUUUCGAAUCUUAAAGGUCAGCAUGAGAGUUGCAUACAAAAAGUUAGAGAAAUGAGACUUGAAAUCAACCAGCAUCUUGACAAACUGGAGAAGAUAGUAAUUGACGAAAUAGACACUUCAUACACAGAACAAAAACUACAAGUGGAACAAACCGUCGACGAUUUGAGCGGACGCGAAACAAAAAUGAAUACAAUCCAAAACAAUAUUAAGAAACUUAAAGACCAUGCAUCUGAAAUCCAAAUUUUUCUUAGCAUUCAAAGUAUCAAAAAAGAUGUAAAAGAGGAAGAAAGCCAAUUAGUUAUUAUAUGUAAGGAAGAAUUACACGAGAGAGAGCUUUCAUUCCAUCCAGCACUAAGUUGCAAGUCUGGCAUCAUUCUCAAAUCGUUUGGAGAUUUGAAAACAAAUACCAAACCGGCUAAUAUAAGCUUUGUCAGGCAAGAAGAUUCAGAAGCUCAACUUGUGAUGACAGGGGCAAACAAAAAGCACAUUGAUCAAAUUUCCUUUACGAAAAAACUUGACUUUAAACUUCCAACUAACCUAGGAGAAGUAAAAGUUGCAGGUUGUUGUAAUAAUGAGAAAGGGUUAUUUCUUCUAGCUGAUCAAAGUAAAAAACCUCGCAUUAUAGUGUUAGAGCCAAAUGGCACAUUAGUAUGUGAAAUUCCUUUACAACAACAACCAAAUAAUGUUGUUUAUGUCAGCAAGACCAUAUUUGUAUCAAGUUAUCUUUCUAGGACAUUGACAAGUAUAGAUUUUGAAACAAGGCAGGUGAAAAAGACAAUUCAAUUUGGCUAUGAAUGUGAAGCGUUAGCAGUUGUUGGGGAUAAGAUCUUACUGCAUCUUAUCGACAAAGAGUACACACUCUAUGAUCUAAAUCUUGUCGAAGUUGCGAAAAUACCUAUUCGUAUUAGAAAUGCCCCUUAUCUUUCUUACUUUGAUGAGAAAAUAUAUAUCGCUCAGUGGAAGGAAAAUGUGGUGUACUGCUACACCAUGACAGGAAAAAUGAUUUGGAAAUAUCAACACGCAGACAUUCGUGGACCUGAAGGAAUUACAAUAGACAACUAUGGAAAUUUAUUUGUUUGUGGUUUUUAUUCUAAAAACAUUUCAGUUAUAUCACCGAAUGGCGAACAUAGCAGAAACCUUUUAAACUUAACUGGUGUUUUGUCCAAUCCUUCAGCAAUUCAUUACAACCAUGUUUUAAAGCAACUGAUAAUUCCUUCUAAAGGGUGCAUUAAAAUAUUAGUGUACGGUGUAUCAUAAAUUAAAUCUUUUUUCAACAAAUCGGGUUCUGAAUUUGUUCUUUGUGUAAGAGUGUGUGUGUGAGUGGGUUGUUUGUGAUUUUUUUUUUCACGGGACAAACUUUUUUCGCAACCUUAAUAAAAAAAAAGUUUUUAAACUUUAUGUUUGCUGCUUCAAAACAUACAGUUGGGAAUGCUAGUAAGUUUUUCAAAAAACCUUUCUUAAUCUACGGAUUGGAUUUCAAUAAAACCUACAUAACAUUC